GUCUUACGCUACCACAACGAAAGGGCGUUAAACUUCCCCUUUUCUCCCCUCCUCUAAUCACCCUUGCGGUCUUGUUUUCUUUCAAUGGCGAGUCGCAAGACGGUGAGCUCGAAAUUCCAUACUGUAGGGAUAUACCUGCCAGACAUGUUUGUCCGUUUGAGGCGACGUGUUUUUUGGUCUGGACACAGGGCAUCACUUCGGGCCUCAAGAGAGGAGGGAGCUGGGGGCCUAUGGUAUUGAAGAACUGGCUCGUUUUUGGAGCUUACUUACAGCUACCUGCAAACAGCCCUUCGUGGUCUCGUUUGCGGUCGGGUACUUUCGGCGUUGGCGGUGAAUUGAGUCUUUCCACGUUACGACUACGCACAAGUAAGAUUAGCGGGGUCGUCUCUAACGGGUCGCGAUUCAGGGGGCUAUACUGUACCGAUGCCUAUCCUAUCCCAUCACGCUCAAUUGGGCGCUCGAUUGUUUCAAUCCCGAUGUCCGGGAUUCCGCGAACUGCUUACCGGUACCGUACCGCAUUUCGAAGAAAUUGGACUACGGAAUUUAGCACCGGCGUGAUCGCUAGCGGUCAUUCGUGGGGGUCUAUCGUGUCACGGUGUGGAUCCGCGACAUGGGAUGGAAGGAAUGUUUAGGCGAAGCAUCCUUGUUGGAACAUGUGAUGCCAAAUGAAUCACGGAGUGACAGUACGUGAUUGGGACGGGAUUCUCGUGGGCGCGUGCACAUGGGAGGUACCAUACGGCUCUAUAACAAGCUUUCUUUCACGGGCUAUGUCGGGUUUUUGGAGUUGGAGGUGGUUUUGCUUGAGCGUCGGGUUUUGACGAUUCUCUGUGUUAAACACGAUCUCUCAUUCAUUACCCCCCUCCAACCCCUGUUUUCCGCGCACAAUGUUUGUAUUUUACGCCAUUAAGAAGUUUAGAGU